UACUUUUCGACUAUACUGUGUAAUUGUUUAGUAACGCUAACUGCAGUCAAACAUUUUGUUACAAUAAGUUAACUUUACUUUGCUAUAGUACUUAAUCAAAAUACAAAAUGCCUUAUGCAAAUCAGCCAUCCGUGCAUAUAACAGAAUUAACUGACGAUAAUGUGAAAUUUGUCGUUGAAGAUACAGAACUAAGUGUAGCUAACAGUAUGCGUCGUGUGUUUAUUGCUGAAACACCUACAAUGGCUAUAGAUUGGGUACAAUUAGAAGCGAAUUCUACCGUUCUUAGCGAUGAAUUCCUUGCACACCGUAUCGGUCUGAUACCUCUCAUAUCUGACGAUGUUGUCGACAAGAUUCGCUAUUCAAGAGAUUGCAUGUGCGCAGAUUUCUGCACAGAAUGUAGUGUUGAAUUUACAUUGGACGUAAAAUGCACAGGUGAUCAAACAAGACACGUUACUACUGCUGAUUUAAAAUCAAGUGAUCCCCGAGUGGUACCGGUUACAUCACGUCAUAGAGACGAAGAUCAAGCUGAUUAUGGUGAGCUUGAUGAAAUUCUAAUCAUUAAAUUACGUAAAGGACAAGAGUUGAAGUUACGAGCUUAUGCUAAAAAAGGAUUCGGCAAGGAACACGCAAAAUGGAACCCAACUGCUGGAGUUUGUUUUGAAUAUGACCCCGAUAAUGCAAUGAGACACACAUUGUAUCCAAGACCAGAUGAAUGGCCAAAAAGUGAACACACAGAGCUGGAUGAGGAUCAGUAUGAAGCUGAAUUUAAUUGGGAAGCUAAACCAAAUAAGUUUUUCUAUAAUGUUGAGUCAUCAGGAGCAUUAAAACCAGAAAAUAUAGUUCUCAUGGGCAUUGUAGUGUUGAAAAAUAAACUUUUAAAUUUACAAGUACAGUUAGCACAGGAAAGUCAAAAUGAUGCCUUAGCAAUUAAUUAAUUUAAUCAUGU